AUCCCGCGCGCGCCUGGUGGAGCCGAGCCCGUCCGCUGCGAGCCCGGCGCGUAGGUUUGCCUACAUUCAGUCAUGACCUCUGCUGGUUUCCAGAUCAUGGGCAUGGCCCUCUCUGUGUUGGGCUGGAUUGGAGCCAUCAUCACCUGUGCCCUGCCCAUGUGGAAGGUCACGGCCUUCAUUGGCAACAAUAUCGUGACUGCUCAAAUCACCUGGGAGGGGCUGUGGAUGAGCUGCGUUGUGCAGAGCACCGGCCAGAUGCAGUGCAAGGUCUAUGACUCCAUGCUGGCCCUGCCCCAGGAUAUACAAACGGCCCGGGCUCUCAUGGUCAUCUCGGUGCUUCUCGCUCUCCUGGCCCUGAUGAUCGGCAUUGUGGGCGCCAAGUGCACCAACUGUGUGGAGGAUGAAGACGUCAAGGCCAAGAUCAUCAUAGUCGCUGGCGCCACCUUUGUGGUCGCGGGAGUCCUUUGCCUCAUCCCCGUCUGCUGGUCAGCCAACACCAUCAUCCGCGAAUUCUACAGCCCACUGGUGGUUGAAGCCCAGAAGAGAGAGCUGGGAGGGGCCCUCUACCUCGGUUGGGCAGCUGCAGCCCUGCUGAUCCUUGGAGGGGCGCUGCUCUGCUGCAACUGCCCCAAGAAGGAGAGCAACAACUACAGUGCCCGAUACACAGCCGCGGCCUCACAACCCCGCAGCGAUUACCCCAGCAAGAACUACGUGUAGGACAGCCACGCCAGGAGUGAAAGUGUCAUCCUGAACGCUCACUGCAGUUGAGUCCCCCUGGGUGAGCAGGGCUGCCUCCCUUCCGGGGCACCAUGCCACCAAUGCCCCCCUUCAGAGCAGAACAUCCUCCUGUCCCAGGACUUGCAAAGUUUUUGGACCAUCAGUAUUUCCUCUCACUCUAACUGUACCCAUUGCAUAGAGGUCAUUCCCCACAGAAGUUGGAACUCUUCUUUUGGAGAAAUCUUUGACUUGUGAUCAGUGUCGUCUAUGUAGGUAGAUAUGGUACCGGAUCUCAGACGUCCUCUUCUCAAGCGGUUUAUGCUAGUUGUGUGUUACAAUCUUGUCCUUCCUGGAUUCUCAACCUGGAAGGCCCAAGGAGGGACUGAUACUUGCCCUGCCCUGAAGAUCAAGUCCCGUUGGACAGGUGCUCCACUGGGAUGAGGGGUGAGGGGGCCGGGGCACUCUGAACCUGAAGUCAUUCAAGCUGUGAUAAGGCUGUACAACUCUGUUUUGUGAACAAAGGGGAAUGUGGCUUUUUAGACUCUAUAUUUUAAUUGUGCUAACUUGUCCCAAUUGACCUUGCAUGCAUUUCAUACUGGAUGCCAGUUAUUUCCCUUCCUUUUUUUUAGUAUGACCUGAAUAAAGAUUACAGGCUUUUGUAUAUA